AUGGCCAAUAGCGACCACACAACAGCCAUACAACUCGCGCGUGGCGCUCGAAUGCCAAUAUUCAAGGCGAGCGACAACGUGCUACUAAUGAUUAUAUUGAUGGAGUUGACCGAGGAAGAAAAACUGAAACUUGUCCAUCAUUACCAGAAAGAUUGCUCUGGUGGUGUGGAACUGGAAACAUGGACUCCGUCCAAGGCACUGCUUCGGGCCAUUGCGAAACAAGGUUCCCAUUGGGACAGCCAGGCCAAUCUGUACGCUCUGGCAAUUCUCGCCUUUCGGUCUGGCCUGGAAUUUAAAAAAGGAACCAGUUUCGUCGUGGCGGACGAGCUCACGAAACGCCAACUCACGCGCUGCUGUCGUCCUGGUGAAAGGGAUUAUAUAUCUCUGGUUACCGUGACUGUCCAGCCAAAGCCAUCUAUGAUCGCACAUAGAGACUCAAGGCUGAAUCCACAUCUUGCAACUAUGCCAGAUGAUGAAAUUCAUGUCUUCACCGACCGUUCUACUGAGUUUUCGAAGAAGCUGCUUUCGGAAGUUGUUGAACCUCAAACUAUGGAGUUCUUCGCCGAAUACCUGAAACUGGAGAAAACACGCGAGAUUUCCAACUGCAUACAAAGUAGUAGGAGACUCUAUGAUCCAGAUUCGUGUAUGUUUACUGUCAGCAAUGCUAUGGCGACAGGGCGAGAGCAAUACUGCAAGACUGUAGCAUCAGUUCUGUCAGCCUGUCAAUUUCCACCAGAGUUAGUAGCUGAAGUGAUAUCUCAAUCGGAUUAUGCUCUAUCUACUAAGAUGCCUUUGUGGGACCACCGGCAGAGUAGAGAACAUCUUAUCGUUUUUCUCCUUUUUCCUACGACGACAAGCGAGCUUCAGAGAAACCAUACCAUAAUACAAGAUGCGCUGAACAAUCUUACUGAAGGAGAGCAUGAUGGACGGAAAGGGAUGUCAGUCGAACUCAUAUCACAACAUCGUCAUCAGGCCCGGUCUCGCCGUGAGGUGUUGGAACUUUGGGAAAAAUUCCGACUGCACGAGGGUGACGAGAGAGCAGGCGAUCCAGUUCUCAAUGUUCUUCUCCGUCCUAUCGAAGAUCAGGAUAUAGGCUCGGCACUAUUUGCUGCCGUGUGUUCUGAGCACAGACAUGCAAAAUACAUGAUUCGGGCACCUUUAAGCUCUAUUGUCAGGAUAAAAUGGAAAGAGCACUUUUACUUCAUUCAAGAAGAAUUUGAGCGCCUUGAGAUUGAAAAGAUUGAGGGAGUGUGCGAUCCAGACCAGCCAUGGUACUUCAAUCCGCCAUCAUGGCGACCAGCAAAUGAUGACAAGGAACUACGUCCCGGAAGGGAAGACAUUGGGUAUGCCUCAGUCUUCUAUCUCACUGGAAAUGUCCCGGAAAAUAGGGACCGACAAAUCCGAAAAGAUCUUAUGAAAGAUAACGUCGACGAAGACACGUACUCAGACUCAGAGAAUGACCCUCCGCUCCCCAAAAGCGUCUGUUUUGUUCCUUGGGAUGGCAAGGACGACGCCACGCAAGAAGACAUCUGGAAUAUCGUCUGGGAGUUCUACAAGUACGAAGGACUUGGCAGUAUCUGCCCGAGCUUCCUUUGUAUUGAUCAGGCGUCUGCCAGUGAUAUAGGAACAGUGCUCCUGGUCAAGCCCGAUAUUUUCAAAUUUGGUAAAAUGUUACAGAGUCAGGAGGCAUACUUGAAGGGUGUACUUGGCCCCAGACUACGCGGAUUCCUCGCCACUCGCGUGCUCCCAAGCUCCGCGCAACAGAGUAAGACGGAUGCGGAGGAUGGAUUUCAACCCAUGGCAGAAAUUGGACUGAACUCCAAUGUGACUAGGUUUUACCGGCCAGAGUGGCCAGCACGGGGCGUACUUCCUUUUGAGUGGAUUGACUUGAAUGGCGGUGACGGCGAAGAAAAUGAGUAUCGGAAGAUGGGCGGAUGGGAUGAGCAUGCGGAUGAACUUCCAUGGGAUGAUAUAGAACGGAUCAGGAGAGAACGACAAUAG